AUCUUUGUUGUGUUACAGCCCACAACACAAUUUCACACAAUCAAGAUGGGAGACCACAGUGAAAACCCUGACAAUGAGAAUGGAGGAGUUGUGGGGGAAGUUCAUCCCUUUCCUCUGACUGAGGUUGAUAAGUGGGUGUUGUCACAGACGGACGAGGAGUUUCACUUGCAUGAUUGGGAGGAGUUGAAGGACAUUAUCGGAAACAACAAACUUGAAACCCUAAAGCGCAAGCCUUCAGACUUGCGGCGAUACAUGUCCUGGACGGCCGCGACCAAAGCCCAGUACGGCUCCAUGACCAACUACAUCCUACAACAUCGCCUCCCGACGUCGUGGGGUACACCACCCUUCGCACCUACCUCACUAAUUCCCUUUGCCUCACCCAACGACUACAAGAUUCUGUUGAAUGAUUGGCCAUACGGUCUCACCCCAGAUAUCACGCACAUCGUCGUUUGGAGCAAAACACCUAUUGCUGUUGAUGAGACGAACGGGGAUGUCACGGAGGACAGCAGGAGGAUUAUUGAGGAAUUUGUGGGGAGAACCUUUAGGGAGAGGCUUGGUGGUGGGGAGAAGGGACGGGAGAGCGUGGUGUGGUUCAAGAACUGGGUCAGCUUGCAAAGUGUGAGAGCUUUGGAACAUGUGCAUGUUCUUGUGAGGGGGGCGUCGAUAGAGGAUUUAGACUUUUGGACUGGAGAAGGGGAGAGGAAGAUUGUCGAGUUUACUUAGAUGGAAGAAAGGGGUGUUGAUCUUGCUUCUUCUUUAUAACUAAAUCGCUCUUCAUACUACUGCUGCAUUUGUUUUAUUCCUUGUACAGCAGACAACCAAUUGAUCCAGGAUCGUAGAAAGAGGUGAAAGAUUAUGAUUAAACGCGACAAUGAAUCAAGUACGUUAAUCUUCAGUACUAAGUGUUAAAGUGAAUCCACCUGAUGAAAAGGCGACCUUCUUUGCAAAUUCGGGUCUUUCGACGCUAAGAACAACUGAAUCCGCGUAGCAGAGCAUUAAAAUAUUAAUAAUAUGACUCUUUUUUCUCAUUGC